CCAGAACAAUGGGAAGGACCGCUUGGGGGCGAGGGCGUGACUGACCAUAAUCUGAACGGCGUGACAGAGGUCAACGAGUCAGAUAUGCCUGCGAUCGAGCAGUACACAAAAUUAAUUUAGUCAUCUCCUGCCUAUGACAACCUGCUGGUGAAGCUUGAGCGAAUGUGCGUUCUAACUCUACCAAAGCCGAAUCUGACAGAGGAAAUAUACGAUACAAUUCACGAUUUCACGGCAGUCCCAAGGGAGGUGAGCAGAAGGAUGGCGCCAGAAACACUGAAUAUCACCUUUCAUGUUGAAUGGAAAUUGCCUAAAGACCAGGCAUAUCCCACUUCCCCAGAUUAUGCCUUAGGAUCGUUUGUCACAAUAACGGGAUCAGCAAGUGACGCACAGGCACUCUCAUGUUCCGAAUAUCUACGCCAGACAUGGCCCACAACUGGCAUCAAAGUCUUAGAUUUAGUACAGCAAGUAUUAAACAUCGCUAGUGUUUCUACAAAGCUACCAGACGGUACUAUGGUUUAUGCAAGCCAGGAGCCUGACUGUGGUUAUUUGUGCUUUAAUGUAGUAGGAACUGUUGCUGCGAUUGUUGAGAUCGGUGCAUGUCUAUCGUGGGUUGGUGCUGUUGCCCAGCCCGCCCCCUACGAGAUAUCCCUUCUCCGGCCAUCGGUUCAUUAUAGGGGAUUACAUCACUUCAACAUUGAAUUUGUGAUACAGCCCUUAGAGCCGUCGAAGCGACACAACAAUGGCCAAUGCUGGCAUGAUCUAUUCAGGGAAGCGGCCAUUGUGGAAGGCUUUCCAAUACCUCGAAGGCCAAUGGGGAAGAGUCUGUGCGGCGUCGAAGCCCCUUUGGAGAUCAUGGCUCGACUAGCUGGGACCCAACGAAUUAAUUUAUAUGCAGGGAAGAUCUUCAUCAAAGGUUUUUCAAAACUGCUCCUACCAACUGGUCAUGAAGAGGAUGUUGUCAUGUGGCACCUCAUAUCAUCCGAGGACGGGAAUCGGGUAUCUUAUUUGGAUGGGAUGAGGCUGUGUCCAAUCCAGAUCCACCUUUCCGACCUCAAAAAAUCUCGCCAUAUACUUGGGUGGUGUUCUGAAAUGAAGUUCUACGCCGGCGCAGAAGAUAUAUCAUACGAUAUUCAGAACUCACGGCUCCCGAAAGCAACCGGCCUUCUCUUCAAUGCUUCAGUCUCGUUUGGCCAACUGAUCACGAGUGUCUCUUCUACCAGCUCUCUCAAGUAUGGCUCGCUCAAUGCGUCUCGGCACGGAUAUAUGAGCAAGCUCAAAUGGUUAAAGAAUAAAUACAUUGUCCUUUGGGACGAGGUAGGCAAGCGUGGCUGGCUAGUUAAUGGAACUAGCGCACUUCUUCAUCUGGUGUGUGCUUCUCUUGCAAUCGACAACCACAAUGAGUUCUCUUCCUUUAUCGUCUUCAACCCCUCCAUGUUGCAGUCCAAAGAUAGACAUCGGCCGUUUUCCGCGUUACAGGUUCUCUUGAACCCCGCGAACCUGCAACUGAAAGUACACCCUGAAGGGGAAGACUACUUCCGAUUCCAAGAUUACGUCUUGAAGUUUUAUGAGACCUUGGAGAAAAUGUUCGACCACCAGAUGGCUAUUACAAGCGAUAUUGCUAGCUCGCCCAGAUCUCAACUGGAGGGCUGGGACUUUACUGAUAUUGUAAUGGAACGCGACCCAAUAUAUCCUCGCGGAACCACACUCGACACUCCGGGCCGGUCUUGGGUUGAACUGACAAGAGCAGUGCAUGCAGUGACACUGUUCGGGCGUAAUUUUGGGGAGAUUAUUCAGCCUAUCCGAUCUUGUUCUGAAUGGGUCAAACUUCCAUUUUAUCGCUCUUACCUGGCUGUAUCUGACUUUGAUCUCCAAAAUAUCAUGUUAUCCACUUGUGGCGAUCUGGAUUCUUGCCCCCCAAAGCUAACAGAUGGCUUAAUCUGGUACAUACCAGAAAAAGGACCACUAGAAUGCACGUGUGAUAGUGGAACAGGAUCACACUCAGACGUCGUUCAAAUUCUCCUUCCUUCUUCCAUGGAAUCCAAGCUACCAAAGCCAAUUCUCCCAUACGAAAGGACCGGGGGCGGCGCGUUUAUUUUUGGACAGCACUCAAUACAUGAAUGGUUCUGGGGCGAGACGGGUAACCCCUCUACAGCGCCUAUAGCUCCACCGUUGCCUGACUUGACGAACAUCAGGAGCUCCCUGUCCGAUGACAGCGGUAUUGGAAGAAGCUUAUUGUCGAACUCCGGUGACCAAGACUGUCCAAAAGCACCUUCAAGGGGGUCAGCUACCCGGCUCUCCAUAGCUGCGAGCAGCCCAAGACCAGCGGAGCGGACAGUUAAUGACUCCUCACAACCACAACCACCGUCACAACUAGGCCCGACGGAUUAUAAGGUGGCGAUCAUCUGCGCUCUUCAUCAUGAACUCGCAGCAGUCGUUAUGCUCUUUGAUACCAGUCACGGAGACGUACCUAUCCCAACCGCUGACCCCAAUUCCUAUGUCUUCGGGAGCAUCUGCAACCACAAUGUUGUCGCUACAUGUCUCCCCGACGGUGAAUACGGCACAACGUCCGCAGCUGAUGUUGCUGCAAACAUGAGACGAACCUUCCCGUGUAUUAAAUUCUGUCUCCUAGUCGGUAUCGGCGGGGGUGUCCCAUCUGCUACUCAUGACAUCCGGCUUGGGGACAUUGUCGUCAGUAAGCCGAAUAACGGAAGCUCGGGGGUUCUAGCGUACGAUAUGAAAAAGACUCUAGAGAAUGGCGUGUUCCAGCUCAAUGGCUGCCUACAGUCCCCGCCCAGGCAUCUCAGGUCAACCUUGAGUAUCAUGCAGUCUAUUCCUACAUCCUCAGUACCCUUGUAUGCCUACUUGAAUGAAAUACAGGACCAAAAUGCAGAUUACAGCCAUCCAGGUCCUGAGGCUGACCUUCUAUACUCACCCAAUUACUCACAUCCGCCAGGCGAACCAAACUGCAUGGGGUGCGACACGUCAAAAAUAAUGCCCCGUCAACCUAGAUCUACUCAGAGACCAGCCGUCCACUACGGCACCAUCGCCUCCGGAAACCAAGUGAUCAAAGACGCAACGACGCGCGACAAAUGGGGUAAGGAAUACGACGUUCUAUGCUUUGAGAUGGAGGCCGCAGGGAUAGUGAAUACCUUCCCUUCGCUUAUUAUCCGCGGCAUUUGUGAUUAUUGCGACUCCCACAAGAAUAGAAGGUGGCAGAGGUAUGCUGCGGCGGCUGCUGCGGCUUAUUCCAAGUUGCUUUUGUCCCGGGUGAGGACGGAUAUGCCAGGUGAGGACACCGGUCUGUACAUGGCAGAUUGUGACCAGAUCCCUGCAUUGGAGGGGCCAGAUGCGAAGCGUCGGCGAAUCUGGGAGCAGGAAUGAUUGUUUUAGCUUUGGUGAUUGAUGUUAUCUUCGUAUGGAGUAUGCCAUGACGAUAUUCAAGAUACUUUUAUCACCCUUGCGUCUCGGCUCUCACACUCUUUUCGGUGAUUUCUCUUUCUCAAUCGAUCACCCGAUGAGUACGGUACUGUCUUGGUUCUUCUGUUCGACGUCUGUCUUCCAAAGGAGUCCAUCCCUCACCCACCUACACCAAUCAUUCAUUCAUAGCCGACAGCUAAGUCGGCCUUCGGUCCGGGGUUAGCUCCGCCUGCUGCCAACUCUACAUGGACGCCAGAAUCGCGCGACUCCUUUCUAUCGAGGCGCUGGCGCCGUUUGCGUCGGUGACUUCUCUACCUGCUGCUUCAACGAUCUGAACAACUCGAUUUAGAUGAUUAACUCCUUCCCGGAGGUAUACUGUACCCCGCUGGAUAUCACGCCCCACUCCCUAGGGCUUCUGUAG